GUGGUCCUAGUCCGUCCGUCCUUCCCAACGUAAACAAAAAUACGAUUCUGGCUGAGGCUGUGGCUGACCCUUCACCCUCAGAUGCUAAAAAGUUGUGAAGCUCUGCAGCGUGAUAAUGAAGAAACGCACCGUUUACGCAUGGGUAGUAGCGAUCCUGAGUUUCCUUGUGCUGAUGAUCGUCACCCCUGCCAUUCCUCAGUCUCAAGCUUACCACGAUUUCGCUGACCAACGCGAAUUCUUCGGUAUUCCUAAUACACUUAAUGUGGUUUCAAAUUUUCCUUUCCUUGUUGCUGGUGUGAUAGGGCUUGUACUUUGCUAUUAUGGGAAUUAUUUUAGGCUGAGCUUGCAAGGUGAGCUUUGGGGUUGGACCUUUUUUUACAUAGGUGUUGCUGCUGUUGCUUUUGGAUCCUCAUACUAUCAUCUCAAACCAAAUGAUGCUCGCCUUGUAUGGGAUCGUCUGCCGAUGACUAUUGCCUUCACGUCAAUAAUGGCAAUCUUUAUCAUCGAAAGGAUUGAUGAGAGGAAGGGAACAUUCUCCAUCAUUCCACUACUAAUGGCAGGCAUAAUAAGCAUAUUGUAUUGGAGGUUUUUUGAUGACCUCCGCCCAUAUGCCGUGGUCCAGUUUGUCCCUUGCAUUGUCAUUCCUGUGAUGGCCAUCUUGUUGCCUCCAAUGUACACACAUUCCGCAUACUGGCUUUGGGCUGCGGGAUUUUAUCUCCUAGCUAAAGUGGAAGAAGCUGCGGAUAAAGUGAUUUACGAAUGGACACAUCAUAUUGUCAGUGGGCACACGCUUAAGCAUUUGUGUGCUGCUAUGGUUCCUGUGUUCUUGACACUUAUGCUUGCAAAGAGGAGUGUUGAAACAGAUAGGCAAAGUCUGCUCCAGACGUGGAGGAUUUCGUGGACUAAGGUCAAAGAAAAUGGAUCCAAGGUGGAGAGUUACAGUUGUUCAUACUCGACCGUUCCAGUUGUUGAAUCAGGCUGAACCGAAAAAACAAAAAAUAAUGAAAAACUUUCCUCCAUGUAAAUUAAGUGAUACAGACCACACUCACCUUGUCUUAAAACACUGGCUCAUCAUCACAGUAAUUACAUUUUUGCUUCAAGAAUUUGUACA